UUUCCACGGUUCGAGGAAUCGUCGUCUACAAUGUUUUAUCCGUCGCGAAGCAACAACUGAUCGCACCUGUUGGGGAGUUUGGUAAAUCCGGAAUUGACAUGGGGAAGAAAUCAUCAUGAUAAAAAAUGGGUUCAGGAAGGGUCAUGCGGCGUCAAAUCGGCUUCUGGUCCACGACAAAACCUCCCCGAUAGAAUAUGCCUGCAACAGCAACAACAGCAGCAGCAACAACCGAAUGUUCGCGCGUGGGAUACCGUUUUUUCUCGCCAUUUACUUCACUUAUCUACGGACAGGGAGCAAAGCUAUGGGACGUUCGCAACAUUAUGAUACCAAUUUUCUCUCUUUUUUCUUCUUCGUUUUUUCUCUCUCGUUUAUCUUCUAAACCUCGUCACCCCCGCGACUGCAUAUAAUUUGCGCAUUCUAUCGCCGAUCGGCUUACCUUUCACUUCGUCGAUCUAC